AUAUGACACAUUAGUCGAAGUUCGAAGUCACGGGAUCACUUUUCACUCCUCCAGUUUUUUUUAAUCAAGUUUCCUCAAUUUUCUCGUAAUAUUUCCACUCAGUAACAGCAAUGAAGGCUCUAGUAGGGACUCUGGUCCUUGUGUUUUGUGUCAAUGCUGCAUUUGGCUUCGAGGGAGUGCCCCUUUUGCUGUGGGGCAGCACCCAAGGAAAAACCUUCAAUCCUCCAGCACUUAACGCUCUGGCCAGCAGCAAUCUCCUCAGCGAAAAUAUCGUAGAGUCCCAGUACACUGUAGUUUUCGUGGGAGACAAAUUGAGCCCCGAGGCCUUGAAUGAAUGUGGUGCGAAGAAGUGCUUCCCAUAUCUUGAGAAUGUCCCCCAAAAGACGUACUUUGCCAAUGUGGAAAAUCCCAUUGGACUUUUGGCCACAAUUGGGGAUGAGAGGAAGACUGAAUGGGUCAAUGCGGGAAGCAAAUUGACCCCCGAAGCAGGAAAGAUCAGUUUUGUGACCUUGACUCCGGGAGACUUCAGCACUCAGGAUGCUGAGAUCGCUGAAAUGGUGAAGGAUAUUGAGGCCACGGGAUACAAGAAUUCUGCCUUUAUCUAUACAGCUGCUCACAAUAAUGUUGCUGAAGACGGAAUGAUCGCCCGUAGAAUCAAGAGAGAGGUCACGAACAAGCAGGAAGAAGUUCCUGAGGAGCCUAUCAUCUACUAUCGCGACAAUGAGACCUUUAUCAUCUCCUACAGUUCUAUCGCUUACAAGGCUGUUGGAGCUGACGAUCCCAUUGAAUUGAAUUUCACUUCAGCUGCAACUUCUCGGCUCAAUGACACUGAAGAUGGCCUGGCUCUGGACCUUCUUGGGGAUGGACCCAAAUUGUCCUUCCAUAUCCGCGGCGAGAAUGGUCGCUGGUGGGUGGAAAAGCUACUCUAUGCCGAGAAGGAGUACUAUUUGAACACCUUUAUUGGCACUCACAUUGGUUUCUCUUUUGCCUGCACGCCCACUUCGAGAUUCUUAUCGAUGGAAGAAGUACAGCCUGGUAGUUUCAACGAACUCCAGAUCACCAGACUCCAACUGGAGCCACGUUUCAGCACUGAUGCCACAGAACCCUUCUUGGGCUACAGUGAGCCAUGGGAUUGCGUAGGCUUCAUCAGUCCAGGAAUCAUUGGUGGUCUCUUUGUCACCAUUCUCCUGCUGAUCAUCUUGGCAGCUGGACUCUCCUGGAUCAUGGAGAUCCGCACCAUGGAUCGUUUCGAUGAUGUCAAGGGAAAGACAAUCACCGUUAACGUAUCCGAGUAAUGCGGAAAAAUAAUCCUCGAUUGAUUCGAGAGAGAAUUGCACAAGACAAUAAACGUUAUCAUCUUGUUGCUAGUAUUUUUGAAAAAUAAAAUUGUUCAUUAAAAAAAUCGAGAAAUAAAUAGAGUAUUUUAGAA